GUGAUAGCGUUGCCAUGACAAAAUGUUGUUGCUUGAGAUCUCCGUGUAGGACCUCUUUUGCAGCCAUUAGACUAGCUUGCAGAAAAGAUAUAGAAACGUGUACAACUGAGUAUUCGGGGUGAAGCUACCCCUCGUAACAUUUGGAAAUGCCACCCAAAAAAACAGCCGGCAAGAAGGCGGCCAAAGCCAAGGCGCCGACAGUCAUCGAUGGCCUGGCCGCAGAGGAGAUGUCCAAGGAGCAGUUGGAGGAGCACAUUGUGCGUCUUCGAGAGGAGCUGGACAGAGAACGGGAAGAGAGAAACUACUUCCAGCUGGAGAAGGACAAGGUCCACAGCUUCUGGGAGAUUGGCAAAAGAGACCUGGAGGAGAGAAAGGCAGAACUCAGGAACAAGGAGAGGGAGAUAGAGGAAGCUGAGGAGCGGCAUCAAGUAGAGAUCAAGGUGUACAAGCAGAAGGUGAAGCACUUGCUGUACGAGCACCAGAACACCAUCUCCGAGCUGAAGGCAGAAGGCGUGGUGGCCACCAAAUUGAUGGAGGGCGAGCAUGGAGGCCUGGAGAGUGAGCUUCGCAAGGGUGUGCGUGCUCUCAAGGUGGAUCUCAAGGAGCAGGAGCUGGCCAACGAGAACGCCAUCAGAGACCUCAAACUGAAAAAUGACGAAGAACUGACUGGAAUUAGAAAAGAUUUUGAGCAGCAAGUCAGUGAAAUCGAGGCCCUGUAUGAGAAGAAGAUGCGAGUGCUGCGGCUGGAGCAAGACCGCUUGAGGAAGAGUGAUCUCCACGAAGUGGAAGCUCGCAAGAACGACCUCAUCGCCACGCUCAUGAAGAACCACGAGAAGGACUUCAGGGAGAUCAAGAACUUCUACAACGACAUCACACAGAACAACUUGGCUCUCAUCCAGACCCUGAAGGAACAAGUGGAAGAGAUGAAGAGGAAGGAGGAGAAGACGGAGAAGAGGAUGGCGGAGGUGAUGGCACAGAACCGGCGGAUGACAGAGCCCCUGCAGAGGACCAAAGAGGACGUGGCCGAGCUCCAGAAACAGCUGGCCCACUACGAGAAGGACAAAGCCUCUCUGGCGAGUGCCAAAGCGCGUCUGAAGGUGGGAGAACAGGAAGCGAAGGAUCUCAAAUGGGAGCAUGAGGUGCUGGAACAGAGGUUCACCAAGAUCCAGGCGGAGAGGGAUGAGCUGUACACAAAGUUCACACAGGCCAUCCAGGAGGUGCAGCAGAAGAGCGGCUUUAAGAACCUGCUGCUGGAGCGGAAGCUGACCGCCCUGACGGACUGCCUGGAGAAGAAGGAGGCUCAGCUCAACGAAGUGCUCUCUGCCAGCAACAUGGACCCCAUGGCCCUGGGCGUGGUCACACGCAAACUCGAGGAAGUAUUAGACUCCAAGAAUAUCGCCAUCAAGGAUCUGCAGUACGAGUUGGCCCGAACGUGCAAGGCCCACAACGACCUGCUGAGGACCUACGAGGCCAAGCUGAGGGCCUUCGGGAUCCCUGUGGAGGAGCUGGGCUUUACCCCCCUGGAGAGCACCCUGGCCGGGCAGACUCUGGGGCAGGGGCCGGCCGGCCUGGUCUCCCAGACCAAAUGACCUCAAACUGUGUUGCUCUCUGAUCUGUGAUAGCUCAAUUUAUAUUUAUAAAGAUUUGUAUGUGUGCCUUUGUCCGAUUUUCUGUGGCAUAUGGAUGUAAAAUGAAUGAAAAAACGGAACAGAAAAAAAACAAAGAAAUGUGUUCAUAAUA